UGUUUGUUGUUCAUUAUAAUUUAUUUCCUUCCGAACAGUUUCAGUAAAGCUAAAAUGCUUACUGGAUAAAUUUGCAAGAAUUUUGGUUUAUUUUUAUAAGUACCGUUUUCAUCUUCCGGCAAAAACAAAAUUAUUUGUUUAGUGAAUAUUCAACAUGCGAAUAUUUAGCAAAAUUCUCAACACAUUCAAACUAUCCACUCGGCUAUCGAUAUGUUCUUCUCCAAAAUGUGUUUUUCCCGAAACUUUCGGUUUGCGUGGACAUACAACGACAAAUCAUCAACAUUUUCGCCCACGACAAGAGAGUCCAUACCGUCCAAGGCUAGUUGAAACUAGAAAUUUUCCUAUGUCUCCUAGUAGUUCUUUCUACAGGAAUUACAGCCAGUCAGGUAAGUUAGCUGAGAGUGUAGCUGGACAAACAACGUCAAUAUUUAAUAAAAAUAUAUCAAACGUCCUUCCUGUGGCUUUGGUGAACCUGGAUAAAUAUGAAAAUUCUAUGAAAAUUCUCUUUAUACCACUUAAUAUCUUUGAUGAUCGUACAAGCCUUAAGAAUGAUCCUUUAAGUACCAUAUCUGUUAUACGAGAACACGCUAAACAAGUUGAAGCAAUUACCGAAAAUCUAAUGGAAAAUUGUCCUUUAGAUGUUAUGGAGACAAAACCUAAUGAAAUGAAUGACCCAAAUUCGCCUUCCACUGUUCAAACCAGUAAUAUAAUAGACUACAUAGUUACAACAUCGGCUAAUACAAAUGCUAUUAAUCCUUCAAGCAUUAAAGUUGUCACUAACACCGCAACUGUCGUAGAUCUUGACGAAAAUAUAGAAAAACCAUCGACAGAUAAUGUACUAACAGUAUUGGAUGACUCUGAAUAUCAAGAUCAUCUAAAUAUGUACAAUAAUGUAGAAAAUUCUCUACAGCUAAGAGAUAAUUUGCAGAUGGUACCAGCAAAUUCCUUUAAUGUUGAAGAUUGGAAUGCAUCAAAAGAUAGUUUAUUUACAGAGGUGUCAAAAGGAAUUGAAAGCCAAUUAAGUCAGAUGGCCGUAUCAUCUGUACAACUUGGUUUCGAAAUGGAUAUGACUAAUAUUAAAGAAGCAAUUGAACACAGCGCUGAGGUUGAAUCAAUGGAGAUCUUUAAUCAGCCAAACCCAAAGCUUCUUAAAAAUCCUACUUUAGGACUCACGACGAAUUUUGAUUUGGAAAAUAUUCAUCCAAAUCAAACAAUUCCACUUAAUUUUAAUGCAUUAAUACAGGGUGUUAUAUCGAUUGAUCCCUCAAAAAUUAAUCUUGAAAAAUUAAGCCAACUACAGGUAGCACAAUUUAAUGAUAACGUUACAGCUAUAGCUGCAAAUAUAUGCAGUGCUGCAUUACAAAAAGGUUUUCCAACUGAUAUGUUUCGUACGUAUUCUUCUAAAAAGGGAGAGAGUAAGCCACGUAAUCCUCACAUAACAUGUGUACGUGAAGGCGAAAAAGGUUGUGUGUCUCCAGGGAACUCUGAAAACCGAUCAUAUUCAUCAACAGGUGGUGAUGCACCAGCUGUAGAUAGCAGUUCUGUAUUCUCGCCAUCUAGCGGCAGUCGAGCAUUGUGGGGAUUAAUGAAUUGCAAUGUUUAUGCGAAAGCGCUUGCUGAGGCAGCGCAAAGAAGGAAAUCAAUAGAUGAUUGCCAACCAUGUGAAGAUAUAACAAAAGCUGCCACAGCUGAUUUAUGCAAUAAGCUAAAAGAAGAUCCAUGUCAACCACAAAAACAAGAAGCCAAAAAUGAUUCAUGCAACAAAAAGAAAGACGAUCCCUGUAAGCCAAAAAAGAAAAAGGAUACAUGUAAGAAAAAGAAAGAAGAUACAUGUAAUAAGAAGAAAGAAGAUCCCUGUAAGCCAAAAAAGAAAGAGGAUACAUGUAAGAAAAAGAAAGCAGAUCCAUGUAAACCUAAAAAGAAAGAGGAUUCAUGUAAGAAAAAGGAAGCAGAUCCAUGUAAACCUAAAAAGAAAGAGGAUUCAUGCAAGAAAAAGGAAGCAGAUCCAUGUAAGCCUAAAAAAAAGGCAGAUACAUGUAAAUCAAAGAAAGCGGAUCCAUGCGGAAAAGGUGAUUCAGGUAAGAAAAAAUCAGGUCCUUGCAAGAAAGAAGAGAAAAAAACAAGUCCGCAAUGCAAAAAAGCCGCAGAUAAAGGAGCUUCUGGUUCAUGUGGGGCUAAAAAGAAGGCAGAUCCGUGUGGGGCUAAAAAAGCAGAUGCAAAGAAAAGUGGAGGUCCUUGCAAGAAAGAAAUGAAAAAAACUAGUCCACAAUGCAAUAAAGGCGGAGAUAAAGGAGGUUCUGGUUCAUGUGGAGCUAAAAAGAAGGCAGAUCCGUGUGGGGCUAAAAAGGCAGAUGCGAAGAAAAGUGGAGGUCCUUGCAAGAAAGAAAUGAAAAAAACUAAUCCACAAUGCAAAAAAGCCGAAGCUAAAGGAGCUUCAGGAUCAUGUGGAGCUAAAAAGAAGGCAGAUCCGUGUGGGGCUAAAAAAGCAGAUGCAAAGAAAAGUGGAGGUCCUUGCAAGAAAGAAAUGAAAAAAACUAAUCCACAAUGCAAUAAAGCCGAAGAUAAAGCAGCUUCAGGAUCAUGUGGAGCUAAAAAGAAGGCAGAUCCGUGUGGGGCUAAAAAGGCAGAUGCAAAGAAAAGUGGAGGUCCUUGCAAGAAAGAAAUGAAAAAAACUAAUCCACAAUGCAAUAAAGGCGGAGAUAAAGCAGCUUCAGGAUCAGGAUCAUGUGGGGCUAAAAAGAAGGCAGAUCCGUGUGGGGCUAAAAAGGCAGAUGCAAAGAAAAGUGGAGGUCCUUGCAAGAAAGAAAUGAAAAAAACUAAUCCACAAUGCAAUAAAGGCGGAGAUAAAGCAGCUUCAGGAUCAGGAUCAUGUGGGGCUAAAAAGAAGGCAGAUCCGUGUGGGGCUAAAAAGGCAGAUGCAAAGAAAAGUGGAGGUCCUUGCAAGAAAGAAAUGAAAAAAACUAAUCCACAAUGCAAUAAAGGCGGAGAUAAAGCAGCUUCAGGAUCAGGAUCAUGUGGGGCUAAAAAGAAGGCAGAUCCGUGUGGGGCUAAAAAGGCAGAUGCAAAGAAAAGUGGAGGUCCUUGCAAGAAAGAAAUGAAAAAAACUAAUCCACAAUGCAAUAAAGGCGGAGAUAAAGCAGCUUCAGGAUCAGGAUCAUGUGGGGCUAAAAAGAAGGCAGAUCCAUGUAAAUCAAGCAAGAAAGCAAGUCCUUGCAAAUCUAAAAAGGCGGAUCCAUGUAAAUCAAAGAAGAGCGCAGAUCCAUGUAAGUCUAAGAAGGCAGAUCCUUGCAAGAAAAAAGCGAACGCAAAAUGUAAGACAGAAGAUCCUUGUAAAAGUCUAGAAAAAGAAGCCAAAAAAGGCGCAUGCAACAAACCUACUAAACCAACAAAACCCAAAUGCGGUGGGGGAAGCGACAAAAAAUUCAGUACAUUGGCAUUCGUACCAAACUUAACGAAUAUAUUUCCACAUCGUCAAUAUCACACAACAAUGUCAACAUGGAAAACAAAACUAGAACUAAGAGUAUUAUCACUGAGUUGUAUUAGGAGCUUCGCUGAUAAGGGCUCUUCAGGUAAAUGCGUAGAGGGAAGACCUGUCAUUCCUAAAAAACGCAAAACAAUACGCCGAAAAGAUGGUGCUGACUGUUUCAAAAAUGAUGACAAUCCAUGCGGUAAGAAAUUGUGCAAGGAACCAAACUGCAAGAAGCAGAAGAAGAAGGAAAAGAAAUGUAAAAAACAAAAUAAGUACUCUCAAAAGGGGUCUUAUUGUACAACUUUUUCAAAAAAUAAUUAUCAAAUACCAUGUCGAAAUUUUUCGGGGCCUAUUAGAAUGUUUAGUUCGAAAGUGGUUGAAUGUUGCAAUAAAGAAAAUAAAUGCGAAGAUCCAGAUCCAUGUGAAGAAAGCAAUGAUGAAUGUGAAAAUGAGGCAGUGAAAGUUGUAGACGUGUGUAAACUCACCAAAGUUUCUGAAACAAUGCCAAUGUUCAGUGAAUAUGAUGUACUUAUAAAGACGGAUUCGGUAGCUAUCUCAGGUUCUGACAUACAUCUGUAUGAAACUGGUGGAAAGUUGUGUCCAACUAUGACGUUGGGACAUGAUGCUUCGGGAACAGUACAAAAAGUGGGAAGAUGUAUAACCAAUCUAAAACCAGGUGACAGAGUAGCGAUGGAAUCUGGUUUAUCUUGUGGAAUUUGCGACUUUUGCAAACGAGGUGCAUACAAUAUGUGUGCGCAACUCCUUUAUAACGGUUUUUUAACGAAAUAUCAAGUACAUCCAGCUGAUCUUUGUCAUAAAAUACCCGAAUCAGUGUCACUGGAAGAAGCAACAUUAACGCAAACCUUAGCCUUGGGUUGCCAGGCUUGCUUUAAGACACACAUAACACCAUUAACAAGACUACUUAUUAUGGGUUCCAGUCCUACUGCAAUCGCAGCUGCACUUUGUGCACGAUCUAUGGGAGUACACAGCAUUUGCGUGGUGUGUAAUAUGCAUAAAAAUCUGGAACAAAUGCGAAAAUGUUUCGACUUUGAUUAUGUUUAUUAUGAUUGUGAUACAAGUCAUCGGCAGAUACUAGAUGCGAUUUGGGCCAAAUUGAAUAAUUGGCCAGAGGUAGUCAUAAACUGUUCAGUAUCAGAGCAGACAAUGAAUAUUGCUGUAAUGGCACUGCAGCCCUGUGGAACUUGUGUGCUAGCCGAGUGCGAAUCGGAGUGUGCUACUUUUAAUGCAAUAGACGUACUUAUGAAAAAUCUAAGACUGGUGCCAAGUUUUAGAUUUACAAAUAUGUUUCCGACCGCCUUACAUUUAAUGUCAACUGGUAAGGCACAAAUGUGCUGUAUGGUACGAAAAAUCUUUGGAUGGAAUCAAAUACAAACUGCUUUCGACACAGCGCAACACGAAGCAAAUAUUGGAUAUAAAAAAGUUAUAGUGAAAUGUUCGGAAGAAAACUGCUGAUACUUUACAAAAUUUUAAUAUAUUUUUAAUAUAUUUCUGAUUGCAAUAUAUUUAUUAAUAC